AGUAAAAGAAAAUACCCUUUCUUCAAUUUCACCCAGAUCCCCCUCUCUCUUGAAAGCUACCUCAUUUGUCUUCAUUACUUCAUUUCCCUUCUUCCCCACCUUUCCUUUUUAUGUUGUCUCUUCUAAUUUCUUCAUUCCCAUUCAGUUUAGUAUUUCUGUUUCCUCAUUCAAAUGCACUUUGAUUCGUCUACAUCUGCAUAAAUCUAGUGAGGAUCUGAUUCAUCAGGGGAAAUGGGGAAGAGGGUUGUUUUCAGUUGCUUAUGGGGUUUAUUGAUUGGGUUUUUUCUCAGAUUUGUUAAUGGGUUUCAGUAUACUAAUCUAACAGAGCUUACAUUAGACCCUUUUCAUGGCGGCUCUGUUUACUCCGCCGCCGUUUAUGGCGGUGGAAAUCCUCUAAUGGUGGGUCUUACUCUCAUUCAAGGUGCUGCUUCUAAGGGCGCUGUUUGUUUGGAUGGUACAUUGCCUGGUUAUCAUAUACACCGCGGUUAUGGAUCUGGUGCAAAUAGUUGGCUUGUUCAAUUGGAGGGUGGUGGGUGGUGUAACACCAUUAGAAACUGCGUUUAUCGAAAGAAGACUAGGCGUGGUUCGUCGAAUUAUAUGGAAAAACAGUUAGCAUUUGCGGGAAUUCUUAGCAAUAAGGCUGAAGAAAAUCCAGAUUUCUUUAAUUGGAACAGAGUAAAACUUCGUUAUUGUGAUGGCGCUUCAUUUGCUGGAGAUAGUGAAGACAAGGCUGCACAAUUGCAGUUUAGAGGCCAACGGAUAUGGUCGGCUGCCAUGGAAGAAUUGAUGUCGAAAGGGAUGCGUUAUGCCAACCAGGCUCUUCUUUCGGGUUGUUCUGCUGGUGGACUAUCGGUUGUGCUACAUUGUGACGAGUUUCGCAAUUUAUUUCCUAGAAAUAUUAAAGUGAAGUGUCUCAGCGAUGCUGGCUUAUUCUUGGACGCAGUUGACGUUUCUGGUGGUCGAACUUUAAGGAACUUCUUUAACGGUGUAGUUAACUUGCAGGGAGUGAAAUAUAAUUUGCCUCGUGGUUGCACUAACCAUCUCGAUCCUACUUCAUGUUUUUUCCCGGAGAACUUGAUUAACAACGUCCAAACCCCACUUUUCAUUCUCAAUGCAGCCUAUGAUGCAUGGCAGAUCCAAGCUAGCUUGGCUCCUUCUUCGGCCGACCCUCGUGGCUACUGGAAAUAUUGCAGGCUGAACAAUGCUCGUUGUUCAUCAUCACAGAUCCAGUUCCUACAAGCUUUCAGGAACCAUAUGUUGAGUUCGGUAAAGCGCUUCUCGUAUUCGAGGCAAAAUGGUUUGUUUAUCAAUUCGUGUUUUGCACAUUGCCAAACCGAGAGACAAGACACAUGGUUUUCCGAUAACGCCCCUCUCAUUGGAAACAAGGGGAUUGCAUUAGCAGUUGGAGAUUGGUAUUUUGAUAGGGCAGGAUGCAAAGCAAUUGAUUGUCCAUAUCCAUGUGACAGAACUUGUCACAACUUGGUUUUCAAAUAUUGAUCCCCUCAAAUUUCACUUUUUUUUUUUUUCAAUUUGGACAUUUUAUUUAUCAAUUGGCUCAAUUGAUAUAUUACCAUCUUAUUUAUAGAACUGAUUCUAUUGAAAUUUGAAGCCAAUAAAAACAACUAUUGGCUAAUAUUUUGAAUUACAGAGUUACUAUACUUGUAUUGGAAUAUUAAUUAUUAUUGUAAGCUUUUAAUAUGCCAAUGGAAAUUAUUUCUUUAGUA